AUGUACGGCCACGUGGCUGCAUUAGCCGAGGAGAUCAAGAAGGGAGCAGAGUCCGUGGAAGGGGUCGAAGUCUCCAUCUUUCAGGUUCCCGAGACUCUAUCUGACGACGUUCUCGCAAAGAUGCACGCUCCGCCGAAGCCGGACAUUCCUUCAAUUGACGUGCACAACCUCCCGGAAGCCGACUGCUUCCUCUUCGGCUUCCCCACCCGCUACGGCAUGAUGUCUGCUCAAAUGAAGGCCUUUUUUGACGCGACCGGCAGCUUGUGGAGAACGCAAGCGCUGGCCGGCAAGCCUGCCGGUUUCUUCUUCAGCACGGGCUCGCAAGGGGGCGGCCAGGAGACCACUGCGCUGACUGCUGUGACGCAGCUGACGCAUCAUGGUAUGCUAUUCGUUCCCAUUGGCUACACCUAUGGCGCCAACAUGUUUGUUCUGGAUGAGGUGAAGGGAGGGUCACCCUAUGGAGCAGGCACUCUGGCCGGGGAUGGAACUCGCCAGCCGACACAGAUUGAGCUGGAGCAGGCAUUUUAUCAAGGCCAGUACACUACCAAAAUUGCUAAGAAGCUGAAGAAAGACCAUAUUCAACAAGUUCGUGGGCGGCUCGGCGCGCAGCGAUGGCGUGGUGGUGGACGAGACAGAGCUGUAACGGCCUGCUUAUAUCUGGAUUUCCUUCCCCUUUCCCCCGUUUCCCUCUCCCCCCCUCCACCUCUCCCCCCUCUCCACCAGACCAUAUUCAACAAGUUCGUGGGCGGCUCAGCGCGCAGCGAUGGCGUGGUGGUGGACGAGACAGAGCUACCAAAUUUAAACAAGUUCGUGGGCGGCUCGGCGCGCAGCGAUGGCGUGGUGACCAUAUUCAACAAGUUCGUGGGCGACUCGGCGCGCAGCGAUGGCGUGGUGACCAUAUUUAACAAGUUCGUGGGCGGCUCGGCGCGCAGCGAUGGCGUGGUGGUGGACGAGGCGGAGCUGCAGCGGCACCAGCAGCUGGAGCGGCUCUACAACACGACCAAGUCCGCUAAGCACUUCCAACGCGAAAUGGUGAAGGGCAUAGAGGGCAUUAUCAACGCAAAUCUGAAGCACAUCGAAUCCAUUGCAAAGCUAUCAGAAGAGUGCCGCAAGUAUGGCGCGCCGGAGAGUCCGGGCGGCAGCACUGUUCUGGGCCGGGCGGCGCUGCAUUUCGGGGCAGCACACUCGGCAAUCGAGAAAGAGAGAGACAAUAUGGACAGGACUCUUGGAACACAGGUGGGAGACCCCCUUAAAGCCAUGGUGACGGGCGCGCCUUUGGAGGAUGCUCGCAGCCUCACCCACCGAUACGACAAGCUGCGGCAGGAGGCGGAGGGGCUGGUGGUGGAGAUUCAGAAGCGCAACCAGAAGGCACGGGAUGGCCUGAGCAACCCUGAGAACGCGGCUAAGCUGCAGCAAGCAGAACAGAAGAUGGGUGAGCUAGCAGCGACCAUGACAGUGCUGGGGAGGGAGGCAGCAACGGCAAUGAUGGCCGUGGAGGCACAGCAGCAGAGGCAGACGCUGCAGCGACUGAUUGGCAUGGUGGAGGCAGAGAGGGCGUUUCACCAACGGUCGGUGGAAAUUUUAAACCACCUGCACGCACAGAUGAUGGGGGAGAGGCAGAAGAACGACCACAGCGGCAGUAACAGCAGCGCUGCUGGUGCCACCCCUGCUGGUGCGGGCAGUACCAACCCGUUUGCAGGCUCGGCCGACCCUCCGCCGCCAAGCUACGAGGAGGUUCGGGGAGGGGGAGGGUCGACCGGCGGCGGGUCGAACCGAGCAGGGUACUUCCUUGCAGAGGUGGUGCAUGCAUUCGAUGCAGAGGGUCCCGGGGAGAUGUCCCUCAAUGUUGGCGACUAUGUGGUCGUCAGACAGGUGUCACCCAACGGUUGGUCGGAGGGCGAGGCGAAAGGAAAGGCUGGGUGGUUUCCUUCGGCCUUUGUGGAACGCAGGCAGAGAGCCCCAGCAAGCAAGAUUCUAGAAGCUUCUGGAGGCCUUUAG